AUGGCUGCCGAGGAUGUCCAGGAUGUCCAGCCGCAGCCACAGCGCAAAGCGAAGCGAAAGAAGGCGGCAAUGCCAGAAAGUGCGGCCAAGGAGCCCACUCGCAAAGCCAAGCGGAAGAAGGCGGCUAAAGUGCAAGCCGCAGCCAAGGCUACUGAGUUCUCGGCGGAGGCUCAGGCCGUGAUGGAGGAGCUGACCGACCCCGCCUCGAAAGGUACGCUCUCCGACCGCUUGAACCCUACGCACCCUCGCUACGACAAGCAGCUGAAAGCGAGAUGGAAAUCCUUCUCCAAGAAGGAGCCAUGGGCAAGCUUCGUAGUCUAG